AUUUCAGUCAGGAGUGUUCGCGGUCAGCCUCUCAUGUGACCGCUGGGGGUCCUGACUGCGGCGCUGUGUGCAGUUCAUCAUGGCGGCGAACAGCAGCAACAGCACGAGCGGUAAAAGCGGCGGAAAGCAGUCGGCUCCGUCUGCCGAGCAGGUGGUGGCUACCUUCCAGAGGAUGCGUCAGGAGCAGCGCAGCAUGGCCUCUAAGGCCGCAGAGUUUGAGAUGGAGAUCAACGAACACAGCCUCGUCAUCGACACGCUAAAGGAAGUCGAUCCGUCGCGGAAGUGCUUCCGGCUGGUGGGCGGCGUGCUCGUGGAGAGGACGGUCAAAGAAGUCCUGCCCGCCUUGGAAAACAACAAAGAGCAGAUCACGAAGAUCGUGGAGACGCUGAGCACGCAGAUGCAGUCGAAGGGGAGGGAGCUGACGGAGUACCGCGAGCGCUACAACAUCCGCCUGGUCGGGGAGGACGACAAGCAGGGCAAAGCGGACGCCGGCCAGGCCAAAGAGAGCGAGGGAGCCGGCUCCAAGGGAGGCGCCGGGGUGCUGGUGUCUUAGUGGACGCCUCGGGUGGAGAUCGGCGGCGCUUUAACGCUCGCAGAGACUCGAGUCGGCAUGUUUGUGUUUAGUCUUACGGAUGCCGGUCACAAAACACGAAAGAGAGCGAAAGUAGGUUUUUUUUUUUUUACAUGCACCCGUUCUUCGCCUUUCAGCACGGUUCCUCGCAGAUAAAAACGCCGCGAUCCAAACGGUUUCUUCUUCUUUGGGAGGACGUAGUGUUUAGUGGCGUCUGGUGGCCGAGUGAAACGAGUCUCGUAGCCCGGACCUCUGACUCGUCGCGCCUGCGAACGAAGCCUUUCUGUGUCCGUUUUGGGUUUUUUUUGUGGUUGUUUUGGGUAAUUAAAACAUGUUAAAUGGUGUAAGAUCUGCGUGGCGUGUUUUGUUCGGCGGGGAAUGCACACACUUGUCUGUCUGAUUUAGUUAACGGCUCGGGUGUGAAAUAAAGUGACGUUUAAAGAUUG